AUGCCGGACCCUGAAGUGCAUCCUACUGAUGAAAAUGUAGACGAACCCUAUGAUCCCUUCAAUCGUCGAUCUAAUAAAAAAUAUGUCUCAGAGUUUGGUUCAUUUGCUAAUCUGGUAAAAAGUGCAACAGGAACAGGAUUAUUUGCAAUGCCAAGUGCUUUUGCUAAUGUUGGAAUGUUCUUUGGGAUUGUUGGAGUAUCUUUGAUGGGUCUCUUAAUCACAAUAUGUCUUAAACUCUUGAUGAAAACUCAUCUUAACUUGUGUGCUUCAAUGAGACGAUCAAAACUUUCUUAUGAUCAAAUAGUUGCUUUCAGCGUAACCAAAGGAUUUUUAAAAGAUAAAAUUUCAGUUGAGAGUAUUGGUAUGAUUGUUGAUACAAUCAUUCUCACUUGUUACAUCGGAGUGGGAUCUGUUUAUGUUAUUUUUAUAUCUGGAAUAAUUCAAGAAUUGUUUGAUCCAGAACUUUAUAUUAAUCAAGCAUAUUAUUGUAUCACGUUAUUUCCUUUCUUCUUUUUAUUAAAUUUAGUAAAAGGACUAGAUGCUCUAGCACCAAUUUCAAUAAUUGGUAACAUUCUAGUAAUUAUUACAAUUCUUAUUGGUAUAACAUUUUCAAGUAUUGAUACCAAUGGUAAUUGGGUUUUGGUUCAACCAGAAAUGAAAAAGUAUCCCAAGUUCUUAGGCAUUGCAUUUUUUUCUUUAGUCUCUCCAGGAUUGGCUUUAGCUAUUCAACAAAGUAUGAAAAAUCCAUCAAAUUUUACCAAACGUUGUGGUGUUCUCAACUGGGGAAUGUCUUGUCUUGUAAUUCUUCACGCUCUUGUAGGAAGCAUCGGAUACGCUAAAUGGGGCGACAGUUCUAUGGGGAAUUUUAUCCAAAACCUUCCUCGUUUGCACCCUGUCACUAUAGUUGCUUUAGUGAUUCAAGCAUUUGCGAUUUAUUUUACUUAUGGUCUUCAGUGUUAUUUACCGAUCACUAUUUUACAUCAUGGUUAUGCGUUAAGGUCUAUUGAAGAUGGCUUCCUAAAGGGUUCAGCUUAUUUGUGGAAUAUUUUAUGUCGAUUGGGUAUCACAUUAAUCACAUGUUCUCUAGCUGCUGCUAUUCCACAACUUUAUGUUUUUACUAAUCUAGUUGGAGCUCUUUGUAUAGCUACUUUGGGUUUUGUGAUUCCAAUUAGUGUUUAUGCGAUUAAUCAAAAAGGCGAUUUUGGAAAAUAUAAGUGGAGGCUGUUGCUUAGUAUUACUGUUUUAAUACUUGGAUUGAUUGCUAUGGUGUUAGCAGUGGAAGCUAGUGUGAUUGGAAUUUUUUACUACAUGAAUCAUUGA